AUGUUCCCCCCACCGGUCCCCGCCCCCGGAUGCUCCCCCGAAGAGGCCGUCUUGCACCAAAGCACCGUGUUCUGGUCCACAAAAACGUUCCCGAACGAUAACACCUCAAGUAACUUUCUGGAUGGGACGCUCCAACCUCCACCGUCGGCGGAAGUGUUCUCCGCAUGGUGGAUUUCGCACCAGGUCUUUCUAGCCCCCUGCACCGGAACCCUGUCGCUCGACUACGCGGUGCUCCUAAGCGGGGACUAUGUGGAGGUGGAGCUCGACAACCAGGUCUGCGUCCGCUUGGGACCGGGCGACGUAUUGAUUCAGAGGUGA